UUCUAGUAGGUAUAGCGGCCUGGUGAGACCAAAGAGACUCAACUUCAGUGCUGUUUUAGCCCGGUGCAGCUUCCAGCGGCCUUCUAGUGCGUCCCGGCCGGUGGCUUGGGCCUUGUGCGAGUUCGCUAUCGCCGACUGGCCGGUGCGGUCAUGGUCGUUGCCCCUCACCAGGUUUCUGGAGCCUCUGGAGCCCGCGGGGGCCACAUGACUGGACUGGACUGGGACUGGGUACCUUGGCGAUACGAGCGACCACAGCGGUUUGCGAGCCAAGUGCCUGCGCUGGGCCAGCGGUCAGGAAGUCCACCAAGGUACCCCGCAGGCUCCGUUCUCCUUGUUCGCGCCUUCUCGACGACGACGACGCUUCGCCUCUUUUUUUUUUCUUCUACUAAUUCUUUUUUUUUUCGGGGUCGCCCGCUCCUUCCCUGCUGGUGCAAGAGAGGGAGAGAUCCGAUCGAAUGGGGAAAUAAGAUGGAAGUCGAGAGUGCCUUAUGUAAAAACCUGACCACCGGCAGGAUGGAAUCACCAGAAUCACCAGACUUGUCUCCGGGUCUUUCCUCUUGUCCUGCCCUUUCCUGCAGGACAGGGAGAGCUGCCUGCACACCGAGGUACCUGGAUACUCCGUGUGGUGAGGGGCAGGCAGCGUGCGUCCGAGGUACUGCCAGGCUGCCAGGUACUUGGGACGGCAGUGCACAAGCUCCGUACUUGGCGCGCCCUGCCCUUUGGUCCAGCUUUGGGAAGAGAUCUCCGUUCCGGCUGCCUAUCCUCCGCUUUCGUGCAGCUGGGGGGAGGGUUAAAGACGGCUUUCGGUCAAGAGUCGAAUCGGUCCUGAUUCAGGAGGGAGAGAACUUUUCUUUUCCUUUUUUUCUCUUUUUUGCCUCCUCUCGUACCUCGUUUAUUUCCCGUUCCGACAUGGCCAUGGCACGACAUGCACCUUUUUGUAAAACCCCGCUGCCCGCCUGCAACGGAGAAACUAUUCCAUGCCUAGGUCCUAGGUAAAAAAAUUUGGCUUUUAAGGCUGCUAGGCGAUGCCGGUACUAACGAAUGUGCCGGGAUUUGAGUUUUGGGUUUGCAUUGUCAGGUCAGGUCAGGUCGGGUUCGGGUCAGGCCAGGUCAGGUUUCGUCGCAUUUCGCCCCCCGACCGGAAGCAGGAUAGAAGGGGGGCGGAGAAAAAAAAAAGAAUCAGAUUGGAACUACGAAAGAACAUUAGCACAAGAAACACAGCAGAGCCACGGAGCCACAGAGCCACCGAAACGCCAGAGCCUGUGGACUUCCUUGUUACUGUAGAACCGCUAGAACCACUAGAACCUUAGCACAAACCACUGACAGCACGCCGGAACCCAAAAGCAGACAGCAAGCAGCAGGGCCAGUGCAGGGCUCCCCCCCAAGUACCCCCU